CACUGAUGUGGUCAAGAAUCCGGCGUUCAUUGCGGGUGUCGGCGGUGCCUGCUGGGUCAUCCUCAUGGGCUUUAGUGUGUGGAUCUACUGUCGCCGCAAAAAGAGAAAGGAGCUCAGUCACUACACUGCCUCAUUCGGCUACACACCAGCAGUUGGUUUUCCUCAUGGAGAAGGAUCAGGACUCAAUGGAAGGCCUGGUAUGCUGGGAAGCAACAUGGGCAACUACCCGUGGCUGGCAGACUCUUGGCCCCCUACUAAUCUGGUCCACAGUGAUAAAGAGGCUGUCAAUGGCUGCUCAGCCAAUCAUGAAACAGCUGAGAGAUACUAUAAUGAAGCUGGUAUCUCCAGCUACCUGAGUCAGACUGAGAAGUACAGCACUGGAGGCUCCACGGAAGGUCCUAUCUACAGCACCAUCGACGCCACCAACGAGGACCUGCAUGGCCUCACUUACAGCCAAAACACUUCAACCAGUCUGUAUGCUACCACCACCAUCAUGCCCUUUGUCAAUCAGACACAGGUACCAGCUCACAGUGCAGAGCAACUGGAUGAUGAGCACUGGAUCAGUCCGCCAGGCCUGUCUGGAGCUCAGUACGCACAGCCAGAUCGAUGCAGUGGUAAGCCAAAGCAGAAGGUCAUGGGUAAGGCUGUGAAGACCCCAUGUCUGAGCUGGAUGGAGACUUUGCCCUCACCUCCAUCUGUUGGAGAACUGGAACAAUGUGAGCAGUACGAGCAGCUCCCACAAAGCGACAACAUGGACAUUGGCUCAGAUGAAGAGUGGUGUCCCCCCCUCCCUGAGAGGACAUACCUGAUGGAAGGCUGUGAGGACAGCGCCUCUGCUCCAAGCACCCCAUACAGCCACCAGUCAACUGCAACCCUUACUCCAUCUCCUCAUGAAGACACCAGAGCCCCCCAUGACCUCCCCCAGCAGCAGUCUCAAAAGUUGCCUUGCAGUCCAGUGCCAGCGCCACAAGCGCCAUGCUCACCGUUCACCCAGUCCAACACCAGCCUCUUUGGGCAGCAGCAACCCUGCUCAUCAGAGGUUGGAACAGUGCAGAGCCAGAGCCCCCACAGCCAGAGUCCUGCCGGUUACUGCCCCCACAGCCAGGGCGCAGCUCUCCAUGAAGACUGUGCAACAACACCUGGGCACAUCUGCUCCUCCCCAGCAGAAACCCCCUCCAACUUAAAGCCCAGAGUGAAGAAAAAGAUGUCCAAGAGUCCAGCUUUCAAAAGAGAUAUUCAAGGAGAUCUACCCCCACCUCCAGAGCCCCCACCAGAGGAAGUCAGGCUCCAAGGGCCCCAGGGGCUUUUGGAGCCCAGCAACAGGACAGAGAGCUCCCUGUUGUCCCUGGAGAAGAGGGAGUACAGCAGCAGCAGCCACAAGAGGAAAGAGCCUGGACAAAGACAUGCUGGCAAUGAAGAAGGGAUGGCAUGUGGCAGUAAGGCCAGCUACCUUUCCAGAAGUCAGAUGUCCAGUAACUGCUCAACCACAGGAAGUUCAUCGUCCAGAGGCUCCACCGGCUCUCGGGGGCUUAAAUCAGCUAAGAAACAUGAUAAGGAUGAGAGACUGUGA